AUGCUGGCUGGGGGCCCCCCUGGUGCAGCAGCAGUUCAAGAAGCAGCUUUGAAGGGAGGCUACACAGCAAUUGUGCUCGCAGACCUUCUGCACGAGGCCACCAUAGAGCAGCCUGCUGCUCCCCCUGCUGCUGCUGCUGCUGCUGCUGCUGCUAACUGCGUGGAGACUCGGCGGGGCGAUCUUUUUGCUGCUGUGGCGCUCUGCAACGAAGGCUUAAACGCCCUUAUUGCUUCUUCUUUUCCUCUAUCUUUUGCUGAUUUGCAGAACCUGCAGCUGCAGCAGGAAGAAGCAGAGAGGUGCGCGCUGCUGCUGCACGCGCUGCUGCAGUGCUUCCUCAGAGCUUUCACUGCAGCAGCAGAAUGGGAAGAGACGCAGCUCGCGGCAGCUGCUGCUGCCUCCGGGGGGCCUUCGUCUCCUGGAGCCCUGCCGCAGCAGGAGCAGCAGCAGCAGCAGCAACGGCAACAGCAGCAGCAAGGCGCAGGGGCCCCUCCCGCGCACGGGGGCCCCUUCGGCGCAUCAACUGCAGCAGCAGCAGCAGGAAGUGCGGACAGCAUCCCGGAACUGUUUGCUGCUAGGGACCGCCGUCGCCUGCAUGCGCUUUCUCUUUGUCUGCAGCACUUGCAUGAUUUGUUUCGAGAAGAAGUCAGUGGCAUUUUAAAAGAAUUCAAAAACUUUACUUGCUGCCUCAUCAGCUGCUGCGCACAAAAACGCUGCCCCCGCCUCCGCAUCUUCUUGCUGUCGCACUGCUUCUCGCUGCUGCUGGCAGACGCAGCAGCCUGCAGGCCCCAGGGGUCCCCGGGGGGCCCUCCGGGGCCCUUAGGGGCCCCCUGGGGCCCCUGGGGGCCCUCUCAGGGCUACCCCGGGGCUUGCAUGCAGCAGCCCGUGGGCCGGGGGCCCCUAGGGCCCCCCCCACUGGAGUCUCUCAGGCGCCGUCGGCUGCUGGGGCCCUCACUAGUUGAGUGCCUCGCGGCGCCGCUGCUGUUUGCUGCAGGCAGGGAAGAAGCAGCAGCAUCAGCAGCAGCAGCAGCAGCAUCUGCUGCUGCUGACGACGAGGGGACGCGCUUCCUCUGCAGCGCCUGGUGUCUCCUUUGGGAUCGUCUGCUCCCGCUAGCUUCUCCUCCGUGGGAACUUUUCCUCUUCGGGCUGGGACCCACAGCUGCUGCUGCUGCGGCUGCUGCUGCAGACAGAGUCUUGGGGCUGGGAGUUUGUCAGCUGCAGGUCUUUGCUGCUGCCUGCGCCCUUCUGGAGGCUCUUUUUGCAGUGACGCCGCUGGCCGUGCUGCGGGAAAGAGUAGUUCCUCUCAUCCAGCAGCAGCAGCAGCAGCAACAGCAACGGCAGCAGCUUGGCAGCUUCUCCUUGCCCGCGGCCGCUGCAGCCCCACAAGCUGCUGCUGCUGCUGCUGCUGCUGCUGCUGCCCGCAGCACACGCACAACUGUGACACGGGAGGCCAUCGCAAGCCUCUCUGCUGCUUUGCGGACUCUCUUAGCUGCGCCCUUUUCUCGAAGGCCCGUCGAGGGUUUCUGGGGCUUGCCAGUAGCUGGGAGCAACGCAGCAGCCACGGGGUCCCGCACUGCUGCUCCUGCUGCUGCUGCUGCGCCUGCUGCUGCUGCUGCGUCGUGGCUGGGGGAACUGUACGACUCGUGGCUGCGGCGCAGCCGCGUGGGCGCCUACAGCUGCCUCAGCGCAGCUGUCUGCAGCACCCAAACAAAUCCUUCUUUAUACUUUUCUCUUUUGUCUGGAGAAGCUGCCCAGCUGCUGCUGCUGCUGGACCCAGAGCUGCUGCACUACGCGCAGCAGAUGCGCGAGCAGGCGGACGCCGCGCUGCCCUUGUGGGGCCCCCGGCGGGCUUCCGAGGGGGCCCCUCAGGAAGCCUCCGAGGGGGUCCCCCAGGGGGCCCCCGAGGGGGCCCGCCGGGGGCCCCUCCAGGGGCAGUUUCUGGGUGCAUCGUCUCUGGUUGCCGCUGCUGCUGGGAGGGGCUGGCAGCAGCAGGAAGAGGGGCUGGAGGGUACUGGGGGGCCCCCGGGGGCCCCACUAGCCCUGGGCGAGUCCACUUUAAGUUUGGUGGAAGCAGCAAAAUCAUUCUCCAGCAGGUUCCUCAGUGCCUCCCAAGGCCUUUCUUUGGGGGCCCCGGGGGCCCUCCAGCAGGGGCUGCUGCUGCUGUCGCAGUCUGCGAGGCCGCCUGGGAGAGUGAGGGGCGCCAGCGCGCGGCAGCAGCAGCAGCAGCAGCAGCUGCUGCUGCUGCAUGCAGCCACCCAGACUCUGGGGCCUCACAGCCUCGCGGCUAGCCACUGGCUGCGCAGCCUUUCUUUAGCCCCAGGGCUCUCCCCGGCCUUUGCCCAGGCAGAAGCAGACAGAGUCAGUGCAGCAGCAGCCGCACACAGCAGCAGCAGCAGCUGCUGGCAGCAGCCACAGACCAGCACGCCGCAGCAGCAAGUGGAGGCGGUCUUGUCUGGCCGCGCCCACGCACUCGCCCCCCAAAACGCAAAUGGGCCUCCUUAUGAUGACGCUGUGGGCAGGGCUGCUCUGCUGCAGCAGCUGCUGCGACUGGUAGACUGCUGCAGCGCCCGCUUCAGCGAAUCCUGGGGCGCAGCUGCUGCUGCUGCAGCAGGAGAAAAGGCCCAGGGGCUGCCCCCGCUGAUGGAGUCGCUGGUGCGCUGCUGCAGCCCAGGAGCAGCAGCAGCAGCAGCAGCAGGGACGGGCGCUGCCGGAGACACAGAAGCAGCAGCAGCAGGAGGGAAGACUGCAGGGGACCGGGCUUGGGCCUUUCGCCUCGUGCUGCUGCGCCUGCUGCUGCAGCGCGCGCAGCUGCUGCGGCCCCUUGCAGACAGGGGCUUGCUUGACUUUGUUGCGGAGACAGCAGCAGAUGGCCGCAUGCUCGGUGCCAAGAGACUGCACUACUGGAUGCGUGACACAGCGCUGCUGCUCAUCCAGUGGCUGCAGCCGCACUCCCCACAGGCGCCUGGCUGGGGCCCCCCGGGCGCGGCUGCGCCCGCCCCGCAGCCACCCCAGCAGCAGCAGCAGCAGCAGCAGCAGCAGCCGCUGCAGCCGCUCACUGCUGCACGGCUCGCGAGCUUCGCAGAGGCCCUUAUCAAGCUGUCGACCAGCAUCGACCCGCCCACGCACAAGCUGAACCUGAUGCUGGUGGGCUCUUUCCUAGAGUGGCUGCACCUGCGUUUGGGGGGCGUGGGGGGCCCCUCUUGGGGUUUGUCUUUGCCCGCAGCAGCAGCAGCCCGGGGCCCCUGGGGGGCCGGAGGGGGGGCCCCCCAGGGGCCCCAGGGGCCCUGGGGGCCCCCCUCCGCCCCCCAAGGAAUCCCCUUUCUGCAGCUUUCUUUGCUGCCCUUUUUUGUCUACGAGAGCAGCAGCAGCGUCGAGGAGACAGCGAGAUUUCGCUUAGGGGGUGCAGCUCUUCUUCAGCUUCUGGGGCCCCUCCAGCAGCAGCAGCAGCAGCAGCUGGCACUGCACCACCCGGGAGGAGGCCCCUACGACCAGCUGCUCUUGAGCAAGAGUCUGCUGCUGGCUGUGCCCCGCGCCCUGUUCUUCCCCGCUGCUGCUGUGGCGCUGCAGGCAGCAAAUGCUUGCUGCUGCCUUUUGAAUUCCUUUCCCGUGGCAGCAGCAAGCAGCUCUUUGCAUGCGACGGGGCUGGCCUUUCUGAGGUCCAGCUACAGGCGGCUGCAGCAGCUUCAAGCAGCAGAAGCAGCAGCAGCAGCAGCAGGAAGGCCCCCCGCCCUCUGCGGCUGCGUCUCAGCCCGCCCGCAGCAGCAGGGGGUCCCCCCAGGGGCCCCCGGUGGGGCCCCUGGGGACUCCGGGGGGCCCCCAGGGUCUGAAGAAACUGCUGCUGACAGCAGCAAAAGAGAAAGGGCCCUGCAAAUGCUUUAUUCCUUUAAUUAUGAUGGCCGCUACUGCCCUGUGGCUGCUGCUUUUGCUGCUGCACAGCCGCUGCUGUUUCUGGGGGCCCCCGCCUCGGCCGCGCGCGAGGCCUUCGUGGGUCUCCUGCAGCGGCUGCAGCAGCUGCAGCAGCAGCAGCAGCUGCAGCAGCA